CUCGUGGAGGGGUCACAACAAAAUUGCGAGAGAGUGCAGCAAACAAGCGGCACAUUCGCUCAAAAAUUGUGAAGCGCACAGCUGAAAAAAAAACAUCCCAAGUGCAUCCAUCCGAGCGACCAAUUUUCGCGGUCAGGAAGCAGUUAGUCGUGGAGAUAAAAAGCAAACAAAACUUUCAGCAGAGUUCAGUGCAGUUGAAAGAAAUGAGACAACGCACAGCCAGCAUGAGGCUCCUUUCAACGGUGGUGCUACUUUUUCUCUUGGCCGCGCUCGUCAGGGCACAGUCACCGAGCGAGAUGCUCGACAACAUGGCCAAGUCGGAGAAAGCUUGCAGGGAGAAAAACAACCUUAGUUCAGGUACCUUGCCAGAACUUAAAAUGACGUCCUCAAAAAGUCUUAAGUGCUAUGUGAAAUGCCAGUACACUUCAAAUUUAAACUGCUCAAUCACAGACAGUGACACUUUCACGGAAAAAACAAUGCAAACUUUUCUGAAAAUGAACCCAAAAGCUACCAAAGCGACGAUCGAUCGUCACAGAAAGAUUUUGACCACAUGCACUCCACGAGGCGGUUCUGAUGAUUGUGACGCGUACGCUCAGUUUUCUAUUUGCACCAGCAAUGAAUACCAAAAGGUUUAUUCAUCCCAAAAUCAACAAGGGCAGCGACAAACGGUUCAACAACCAAGAAACAGAAACUAGUUAGGAGCUUUUGAGUGAUUUUGUUAACAUUUCGUGUGUUGGUGGAUGGAUUUGAAUAAAGAAAAGGUGCCCCAAAACAUA